AACUGAGCUGACCCAGUUCUACUUUGCAGUAGUGGAACGUACUAUUGCUAAUUUUUUUUUCGUUCAACUUUUCCUUUUUCCCUUCUCUUCCUGUUUCAAGUUCAAAAUCAAAAGCAAGUUAUGGUAUCAGUUGCAUGACUCUUUUGCAACACUCAGCAACCUCUUCAAAUUCUUCACUGCAUUGAAGGGUUUGUUCACACAAAUAUUAUCACAGCCAUGAAAGGAAUGAAAUUGUUCUGCUGUUCCACUGCUUCCACAGUACGUAGAAGCACCAAAAGGCACUCCGGUGUUAGAAGGAAAAUCCAACCUCGUCUUCCUUGUUCAUCCAUGUUACCUAUCAACCCUUUGCCUCACAGUGACGCGCGCAGAAAAGGUUCCGUCAGUAAUUUUAAUUUUUCUAGCAGUAAGAAUUCCAGUGGUUCAUCAUCUUCCACACUAUAUCUCCUCGGUGAUUGGGUGUCUGACUCUGAUCAAAUUCCUUCACACAAGCCCACCCUGCAGAACCACGUUGUGUUGAGGGUGUCAUUGCACUGCAGAGCCUGUGAAGGAAAAGUUAGAAAACACAUCUCAAAAAUGGAAGGAGUAACAUCAUUCAGUAUAGACAUGGAGGCUAAGAAAGUAACAGUAAUCGGAGACGUGACGCCAUUAGAGGUUCUGGCAAGUGUGUCAAAGGUGAAGAAUGCACAGCUAUGGCAAUCUCCAAAAUCAUCUUUUCCUUCAACGUGAGUUAGAUGAAAAUUAACAUGUUACUCUUAGUUUCUUCUCUUCCAUCACCCCACCUGUUGGUAUGUAAGAGUUUGUAUUAGUGCAAUGUAUAUGUCAAGCUUGUUUAUGAUGUUUGUCUAGUUAGAUUGGUGAAUGGAAUGCAGUUUUUGUUGUUGUUGAUUUGUGUUUACUGAUUGCUCAAGUUGAAUUGUUUCCAAGUAAUUUAUAUGUAGUUUCUUUAAGUGAUUUUAGCAUUGUUAUAUUCAAGUGAAACUUCAGUUAUCUAUGAGAAUGGUCACGUUUAAAAGUUUAGAAAUUCAAACCAAAACUAGCCAAGAAAAGCAGCUCUGUCUCCAAAAUGAGAGGUAUUCUUUUCAUUAUCUUGAUGUUGAGCACUAAACAGUAAUGUGUCUGAGUGUGUACAUAUUUCCGUAACCAUAAACAUGACAACAUGUGCACAUGUUCAGCUGC